UCCGCUGGGGGAGGGGCUUAGCAGCUGCUGCCUUAUUGGUGGUCUGAGUGGCAGGGGAGGGGCUGAGGGAAGUACAGGCAGAGAGAGAGAGAGAGCGAGAGAGAGAGGUGAGAGCUCAGCGUUAGGUUGGAAGGGAAUGCCCACUAGAUGCGGCUGCUGAUAAUAGCAUGUAUCAGCACCAGAGCAGUGAUUGAAAGCGCAGACAGCAAGAGGGGGAGAGGAGCAAGGAACAGCAUGCUCUGCCAGAGGCUGGUUAAAUCACGGCAGCGUAAUUGAUUCAGGCAAACGAGGAAAAAAAAUAAAGAGAGGUCUAGAGAGUCUCUCAGAGCGCAAAAUCCUGAGAGGAAAACGGGGGUGGAAGUUAGAAGGCUGUGGGAACUCAUCAACUCCUCGUGGAAAGGCAGAGCUGAGGUCAGGAGGCAGGAGUGUGGGAUCGAGCAGCAGCUGAACCAAGCCGGACAUUGCUUGGGCAGGGGGUGGACGCUCUUUUAGAGGGGUAACGAGGGGCGUAGGGUGAAGGAAUACUGCUGAAACUUCAGUUACACUCAACGCGCACCUGCUCGUGGGAGUUGCACUUCUGGAUAUUACAGCAAGGCUACGGGGCAAGCUGCCACAUCCACUAGAGUGAUUUUGCAAAGCCGCUGUCUGAUUGACUUAAUCCUGAUCUUUUGUGUGAAAGAGAAAGACUAGCACUUUUUGGAGCUCAAGAGUGCAAGUUCAAGGUUCUGUUCAAGGGCUAUUCUGAGAGACAUGAUAGAGAAUGAAAUAAAGAACGCGGCUUCCAUUCCAGAGCAUGGAGAAGUCAAGUAGUGAGGAAUCCGCCAUCCACCGUAGCCCCUCUGUGGACAGCCACGACUCAGACUUUGCCCAAGCCUCCACCUCCGGACGGCCAUUCGGAGGACGAGGCUUUACCGCUGGCGCCUUUUACGGGUCCACUGGCCCACGUGCUCAAACCGCUGCUCAGAGUGGGGCGGCCGGUGACGACAAAGGCAACAAUAAAUACAAGUCUCCAAAAGGCAGCAAAUACGUGGUCUUUUAUCUGGAUCUAUCCUUUGUCUUCCUUCUAGAGUUCAAGAAGUGCAACAUGGCUAGAGGCUGCCUGUGCUGUCUGAAAUACAUGAUGUUCAUCUUCAACCUCAUCUUUUGGUUGUGUGGCUGUGGGCUGCUGGGAGUUGGAAUCUGGUUGUCUGUGUCUCAAGGCAGCUUCGCCACCUUCUCCCCCUCCUUCCCUUCUCUCUCCGCUGCCAACAUGGUCAUCGCCAUAGGCGCCAUCGUCAUGGUGACGGGCUUCCUCGGCUGCCUGGGCGCCAUCAAGGAAAACAAGUGCCUGCUUCUGAGCUUCUUCAUUGUCUUGCUGAUUAUUCUGCUGGCUGAGCUGAUUUUGCUCAUUCUUUUCUUCGUCUACUCUGAUAAGGUCAGUGAGAAUGCAAAGCAGGACCUGAAAGACGGUCUUGCUCUCUACAACACAGACAACAACAUUGGGCUGAGAAAUGCCUGGAAUAUUAUCCAAGCUGAGUGGAAGUGUUGUGGCGUAACUGGUUACACAGAUUGGCAUGAGGCUCUAAAAGAAAAGGUGGUGCCUGACCGCUGCUGUCAAGAGCAUUAUCAGGAGUGUGGCCGCAACUCCACCAACAUGUUCUGGACACGGGGCUGCUACGAGAAGGUUGAAGAGUGGCUUGAAGAUAAUAAGCACCUACUCGGAACCAUCGGCAUGUGUAUCUUGGUAGUUCAGCUCCUGGGAAUGGCCUUUUCCAUGACACUGUUCCAUCAGAUUCACAGAAGCGGGAAGAAGUAUGAUGCUUAACAAGGCCGUUUCUCAAGGGAGGAGCAGUGGUGUAUUAUGGGACAGACUCUGGAGGACAGCUCCUCCUCUUGUAUCUAACUUUCACCACUGGCCAAUCCCUCUUCCCAUUAAUUCCCCAGCUUAUACCUUACCAUCCUGUAUAGACUUCAGCCAUGGUCUGUCUCUUUUCCACUCUUUCUCCCCCAUCUGCUCAUCUGCCAAAGAGACCCGGGGACAGAGAGGAACGAGAGGAACGACUCUUGGCCAGAAUCCUUCCCAUGAGGCCUCUGACUUUCUUCAUCUCCUCUAGAACCUUUAUUUUACGCUUGAACUAACUAACGGUUGCAGGAAGGAGAAUAAUGACAAAAAACUGUGUGGCUUUACUAAUACGUAAAUCCUUCCACCCAACAUAUAGAUGAGGCGAGAAGACAUCAGACUGGAAACCUUCAGGGUGGAUGAAUUUGAAAAGCAUCGCUCAUCAUCACCUCCAUCUACAGUGUAAAUGACAAACAGCUCCAUUUUAGCAAGAUGCGGUUUUGUACGAGACAGAAAACUUGUCAUUUCGGCUCAAGACUUUUUUUUGUUUGUUUUUAUAAGUGACUUUGCCCCAACCCCAUAAUUGUCAUUUUUGUGCACCUAAGGAUUGGAAGAAACCGGUACAAAGAGAUUAGCGAGGCAUGACCAGGAAUUUGAGUUUGUCUGUGUUUAAAGGUUUGUGAUUUGAGGACGCAUCGAAACGUGUCGAAAGUUUCACUCUGAUGAGAACCAUCACAAUCUAAUGUCAGUAUAAUACAUCAAACAGGGACUGUCUGAUUAGCCAGCCAUCCACGUUCAUGCAAAAACAUCCUCUUUGUUAACCACUAAAAGGUCAUUUUAACCAAACUUCUACUGAAACUGUAUGGCAUAGACAAUGAAGCAAAGUUUUUAUAGAAGAAAAAGUGUAAGGUUACAAAAGUUGGUAAACUAGACAUGUAUAAAAGGCAGAGCUUUGUGAGUUUGACCAUUUCCCCAUGUUUUGCUCAUUGAAUCCAAGUCUGUACCCCCCCCAAAAAAAGUGGAGAAAGAGCCUAAAGAUGCAGAUUCCACCUAGUUCAUGUUUGCACAUUUCUUCUGGGAUAGUAAAGUUUAUGUUUUCGGAAGACUUAAAGAGUAAAAUUAAUUUACUCACCUUCAUGUCGAAUCUGUAGGACUUUCUUCCAUGGACACAAAAGGAAAUCGUUUGAAGAAUGUGGCUCUAUGCUAUACAACAAAAGCAGACUUGAUGCUUACAAACUCGAAAAAGGAAGGGGAAAAUACUGCAAUAAUAUGGCAUAUAACUUAGUUACAGUUUUUCAAGUUUUCUUCACUUCAAAACAUACUUGCUGAGGAAAUGACUCUCAUUUGUGCAUAUGCAUUGUCUUACUUUUAAUAUGUAAAUGUGCUGAGCUGCAAGACGGUAUAAACGUGGUAAUUUGAUAGAA